AUGGAGACCAAGGAACAAUCGGACGAGCCCGUACAAAACAUCUUCAACCAAGGCGGCAAGAACUAUCGAACACUCGGUCGAUGGGACACCGUCUUCGUCCUAGUCACCAACCAAGUCGGCCUGGGCGUUCUGUCUCUCCCUGGCUGCCUCAGGGUUCUCGGUGUCGUCCCCGGUGUCAUCGCCAUCAUCGGUCUUGGUUCCCUCUCUGCCUACACUGCUUUCGAGUUGCUACAGUUCUACCGACGCUAUCCCCAUGUCGUCAACGUCGUCGACAUGUGUGGUAUCGUUGCUGGUAGGCCGCUUGAGGUCGUUGCGGGUAUUGGAUUAAUGAUCAAGGUCAUGAUGACUUGCGCGUCCGCGAGUGUUACCCUCUCCGUCUCGUUUAAUACCCUUAGCAACCACGCAAUCUGCACAGUCGGCUUCGUCAGUGUCGCCGUUGUCGCUUGUUGGGUCCUUUGCCUUCCCCGUACGGUCCAGUUUGUGUCACAGUCCGGUAUUCCCUCCACCAUUAGUAUCAUGGCCGCUGCCCUCAUUGUCAUGAUCGGUCUUGGUGUUGCACAGCCUUCUCAGGCCCCUCCCGGUUGGGAAAAGGAAAUCGAAAUCAUCGGGCACCCUACCUUCCGCCAAGGUCUCAACGCCUGUCUCAAGAUCUGCUACGCCUAUGCCGGUAAUAUCAGCUUCGUCUCGUAUAUGGCUGAGAUGAAGAACCCCAGCAAGGACUUCCCCAUGGCCCUGGCUUGCCUCGAGGUCUUCUCCAUCACUCUUUAUACCAUCGUCGCUAUCGCCAUAUACUGUCUUGCCGGAGAAUAUACAACUUCCCCAGCCCUCGGUUCCGCGCCAAAGAUCCCUGCUAUGGCUGCCUACGGUGUUGUCUUGCCUGCUGUGUUUGCCACAGCCAUGGCUUUCGGACACACCGGUAUUAAGUACAUGUACGUUGUGGUUAUGCGAGCCAUCAAGGCCACAGACCAGGUCACCGACAAGAGCUUCAAGUCCUGGGGCAUUUGGGUGGCUUGCGUGACCCUUUACUGGAUCAUCGUGUGGGUGAUUUCCAACGCUAUCCCCAUCUUUGACUCUAUUCUCUCCAUCUCCUCGGCAACAACGAUCGCUUGGUUCACCUUUGGUCUGAGCGCCGUCUUCUGGUUCCACCUCAACUGGGGCAACCUCACCAAGGACUGGAAGAAGAUCACUCUGAGCAUUAUCAACGGUCUUCUUAUUGUCCAGUCCAUUUUCAUGAAUGCUGCUGGUUUGUGGUCUUCAAUUUCCGAGUUGAUUGCCAUUUUCGCGGACGACAAGAGCUCGGUUAGGGGCGCCUUUUCUUGCGGUGACAACUCUGUUGUAUAA